UCUGAGGCUUGUACUUGAAGAAAGAAACGAUUUUCUCAAGUCUGUGAACAGGACAUUUCUUUUUUAAUGUCAAAAUAAACCAUCUGCUUGUACAACUGUUUCUAAUUACUUUCCUGCCUAGACUCUCCAGUUGAGGAGUUUGGCACCAGCACCCCGCCCAGAGCGGUGCCGCUGCCCAAAUCCUCGCAGGCAGUUCAUCAACGCACUCGCAGCUCCGGGUAGAGCCCCGGACCUGCGCUCCUGAGCGUCGGUGGGUCCUUCUGCCUGGCCAUCUGCUGGUGGUACCUCGCUGUCUUGCAGCCUCCCUCUGUGAGCUCCACCUUGCAGAGGUACAGGUCUCCUCCACAGUCCGGGAGCCCAGCAUGCGUCCCGCAGGCUUCAGGAACUUCUUGCUGCUGGCCUCCUCCCUCCUCUUCUCGGGGCUGUCAGCUGUUCCUCAAAGCUUCUUGCCUUCUCUGAGAAGCGGGCCAGGUGCCCUGUGCAGGCUCUCCCAGGCCGAGUCAGAGCGCCGGUGCCGGGCACCAGGGCAGCCCCCAGGGAGUGCUUUGUGCCACGGCCGGGGCCGGUGCGACUGUGGGGUCUGCAUCUGUCACGUGAGAGAGCCAGGCGUGUACUUCGGGCCCCUUUGUGAGUGCCACGAAUGGGUGUGCGAGACCUACGACGGGAGCACCUGUGCAGGCCAUGGUAAGUGUGACUGUGGAAAGUGCAAAUGUGACAAAGGAUGGUCUGGGGACGCUUGCCAGUAUCCAACUAACUGUGACCUGACAAAGAAAAAAAGUAACCAAAUGUGCAAGAAUUCUCAAGAUAUUAUCUGUUCUAAUGCAGGUACAUGUCACUGUGGCAGGUGUAAGUGUGAUAAUUCAGAUGGAAAUGGACUCGUUUAUGGUAAAUUUUGUGAGUGUGAUGAUAGAGAAUGCAUAGAUGAUGAAACAGAAGAAAUAUGUGGAGGCCAUGGAAAGUGUUACUGUGGAAACUGUUACUGCGAGGCUGGUUGGCAUGGAGAUAAAUGCGAAUUCCAGUGCGAUAUCACCCCCUGGGAGAGCAAGCGAAGAUGCACAUCUCCAGAUGGCAAAAUCUGCAGUAACAGAGGCACUUGUGUGUGUGGUGAAUGUUCUUGCCAUGAUGUUGACCCAACUGGAGACUGGGGAGAUAUUCAUGGAGACACCUGCGAGUGUGAUGAAAGGGACUGCAGAGCUGUCUAUGACAGAUAUUCUGAUGACUUCUGUUCAGGUCAUGGGCAGUGUAAUUGUGGAAGAUGUGACUGCAAAGUAGGCUGGUAUGGGAAAAAGUGUGAGCACCCACAUUCCUGUCCACUGUCAGCUGAUGAGAGCAUCAAGAAGUGCCAAGGAAGUUCUGAUCUGCCUUGCUCUGGAAGGGGUAGAUGUGAAUGUGGCAAAUGCACUUGCUACCCUCCAGGAGAUCACAGGGUGUACGGCAGAUUGUGCGAGUGUGAUGAUCGCCGCUGUGAAGACGUCGAUGGUGUGGUCUGUGGAGGCCACGGCACAUGUUCCUGUGGUCGCUGCAUUUGUGAGAGAGGAUGGUUUGGAAAGCUUUGCCAACAUCCCAGGAAGUGUAACAUGACGGAGGAACAGAGUAAGAGUUUGUGUGAAUCAGCAGAUGGCAUUUUGUGCUCAGGAAAGGGUUCUUGUCACUGUGGAAAAUGUAUUUGUUCUGCUGAAGAAUGGUAUAUUUCGGGAGAAUUCUGUGACUGUGACGACAGAGACUGUGACAAACAUGAUGGGCUCAUUUGCACAGGGAAUGGAAUAUGUAGCUGUGGCAACUGUGAAUGCUGGGAUGGAUGGAAUGGAAAUGCAUGUGAAAUCUGGCUUGGCACAGAAUAUCCCUAACAAUUACAUGGGAAAAGACUGGAUUCUUAUUUUUCCUAUGCCAUUAGAAUAUACAAAUGCAAGGAAAACCAUAUAUAAUCACCACGAGGACAGGUCAAACAGACUGUUGUAUGUUUUUCUAUUUCUGAAUGCCUGAAUGAAAUCUAGGUACUCAUUAACACUGAGUUAAGCAAACUCUAAUGUAAAUAAAACCAAAAAGAAAUUUUCUUCCAUAA